AUGACUUCGAUACGUCAGCAAACCCCAGUUUCUGAUGGCAAGGCAUCGAAGGACAGUUCGACGGAAAAGCCAUCUAAUUAUAAGAGACUAAGUGACGAUGACUUAUUCAGACACUCAUCACAGUAUCGUUUUUGGUCAUUCACCCCAGAACAACUUGAGCAGAAAAGGAUACAAGUGAACGCACAGGCUGUUCAAUCGAUUGAAGAAGAUUUACGCAACUUUGUGGCCGAUAAUAAGACUGAUCUAAAUGAAGAAGAGAUUAAAACCAUCGAAAUGAAAGCUGUUCCGGUGACGGCUGAAGAGGAACUUAAAUUGAUCAAUUUAUAUGCCAAGAAGGUUCAAAUGAUAGCUCAAAGACUGAAUUUACCGACGGAGAUUGUAGCCACCUCCAUCACAUUUUUCAGAAGAUUCUACUUGGAGAACUCGGUGCACAAGUUCGAACCCAAGGCGAUAGUGCUCACAACCAUCUUUCUGGCCUGUAAAUCGGAUAACUACUUCAUCGGUAUCGACUCUUUCUGCGAAAAGACCAGAGGAUCGAAAGAGCAAAUCCUAAAGUAUGAAUUUCCUCUUCUGGAGAGUUUGAAAUUCUCAUUAUUCAAUCAUCAUCCAUACAGGCCCUUACAUGGCUUCUUCCUGGACAUUCAAGCUGUUCUACAUGGUAAAGUGGAUCUCAGUUAUAUGGGUCACAUCUAUGACAGGUGCAAAAAGCGCAUAACGGAGGCCUUAUUAACAGAUGCCGUAUAUUUCUACUCGCCACCACAAAUAACAUUAUCCGCGCUUAUGAUCGAGGACGAAGCACUUACGACAAGAUACCUGGAGCUGAAGUUUCAUGGCAACAAUCCAGACAGCAGUGCUGACGAACAGAAGACCAUAUCGCAAGAUAUCAGUAUUUCACUUGAGAAGUUAAUGACUCUCAUAAGAGACUGCAAAAAAAUUAUCGAACAAUCCACAAACACUUCUGUAGAGGAAGCAAAAUCCAUUGCAGCAAGGUUGUAUUUUUGUCAGAAUCCUGAAGAUCUCUUGAAGAAACUAAAGAAGAGGAAGCACGACGAGCAAGACUCGCCCAGAGCAGAAAAAAAAACCAGGGUCGAGUAG